UGUCUUGUAGUUCCUUUUAUGAUUUCUUUAGUUUGUUUAGCUGGUCCAGGAUCCACAGUGAUUCAUCUAGCACCCACAAUCCACUUGGUGUCCUGAGUCCUCUGUCACCGAAACUCAAUAUAAAACCUGUGGUGUUCUGAAUGUGAAAUAAACACCUUUUGUCUCGGAGGAUACCACAAUAUUAAUUUCCACGCCCCUGUCUGCGUAUACAGUAUUAGCUUUGACACCAAUAUUCACAGUGUCCUUUUUUCUAUUAAAAACAACAGAGUUGAGUUCAUUCAAUAAUUCGCACAGUGCAUUCUCACCCCACACUGCACGUAUAAUAGGACCAGGUUAAGUUUCCUAUCUCUCCUGUACUUUAUAAUGCAGAGAUGUUUUUCAAAGUCUUAGUAACUUCUCGUAUCAAAACAGUUUAAAAAGAAUCUAAAAAUUGAAUUGAAAAAAAUGAACGAUAAAGUUCUGCAAGGUUUUGUCUCAGCGGCCUGGCCUGCUUUGAAGGUGAGCUCAGGUGUGGAUUGGGCCAGGUGUGAUCUCACCUCAAAGACCUGGCACAGACUCCUGGGCCCACACCCCAUUACAGGACAUUAGAGCCACACCUCGCAAUAAGCAUUUAGGAGCAGGGGGCAGGGGUGUGGGGGCUGAGGAAUAUAAAUGGAAGAGGCCAGGUGUCAGAGAUCAGAACACACCAGAACCAGCACCAGCACCAGAGAACCAGCAGCCACAGCAGGGAAGGAAACCGAGGACCUGGACCAGAGCGACUGACACCAGACUGAGAGACUCGACUGGGCAAGCAUGUGGAAGGAGCAAGGCAGCGCCACUGCUGGCAGUGCAGUUCGGUCCCGGGGAGCGAGCAGGAGGAAGCGCACCUCCUUCUCCAAGGAGCACCUGGAGCUGCUGCGGAGAGCCUUCGACAGAGGUGCCUACCCAGGCAUCAUCCAGCGAGAGAGCCUGGCACAGGCCACUGGACUACCGGAGUCCCGCAUACAGGUUUGGUUUCAGAACCGAAGAGCCAGGAACCUGAAGGACAGGAGCAGCAGCAGGAGCAGUAGGGGGGAGGCUGAGCCCGAGAACCCCAGCCCAGCUCAGUCCCAGCCGGGGAGCCUGGCCCUGUGGGGUCCCCUGCACCCCCCCUUUACUCUGCCAGGCUCCCUGCAGCAGCACAGCGAAGGAGAGGAGGAGGAGGGGGAUUGCUCUCACACCUCCCUCCCCUACCGCCCUGCAGACCCCCAGACGCACCCCAGACUCAGGCAGUGGAUCCCCCCCUUGGAGUCUCCCUGCAGUCUGCCUGCAGCGAGGGGGGGUUAUAAUAUAGGAAUAAUAAAACAGGAAGCUCAGAGCACAGCAAGUCUACAGGACUGUCCCUCUCUGCACAACCAGAGCAUGACUGCAGCACCCGCUGCACUGCCCCCUGCUGGCUCCUGGUUCACACAGCACUGCUACUCAUACCCUCCCCUCCCCAGAGAAGCAUGGGAGCAGCGGAGGGGCCCCAGCCCCCCACCAGCCUGCCCAACGGCCCCCUCACCCCAGCACUACGCCCCCCAGUGGAGCCUGUGGGCUGGAGCGGCAGCCCCUGAGCUUCCGGAGCAGACCGCAGUUCCAGACUGGGUUCUAGAUCAUGUUCCGGUUCCGGAGCAGGCUCCUGGGCUCUCCCGCUGUACAGUUUCGGAUCAGGACCUGUGUUCUCUGCAGGAUCUGUUGGGGGAGCUACAGCCUCUGUGGCUGGAGAUGAGCAGCGUGUUCAGAGCAGAAGAGCCAGAACUGUCCCUCUACUAA